ACUUUUCAUUGUACGCUAGUAAAGGAUUUUAGUUAACCCUUUUCCUAACCUUAACCUAAUUCUCCCAACCUGCUACGAAAAAGUAACUUACGGUCAUGGAUGUAUACCCAAAGAUGUGUUCUAUCUGUGCUACCACAUAGUCAAAACCCCUUGGACGAGCAUCUGCUAGUGUCUACUGAAUGACAUCACUUCAUCCAAACAUUCCCACACCUUUCCUGCAACUCUCAAGUCUCUCUGCUGGAGGUUUAAUGGAUUGGAAGCUGAAAAGUUAAAGUUUUCUGAUGUCCUGUCUAAGAUGAUUGAACUCACAAACCAGAGACCCUGAAGGGAGUCCUGGACCCCUGACUACUAUCCCAGCCUGCCAGCGAUGUCUCCCAAAGUGCCUGGCCAUGGCAGGGCGGAGGACACGGCGGUACAGGUCGCUGUUCGAGUGCGCCCCCUGCUGCCCAAGGAGCUGCUGCACAGCCACGAGAGCUGCAUGACGGCUGACCCUGAGCAGCGCAGGGUCACUCUGGGUCACGACCGACACUUCCACUGUGACUUCCUGUUUGAGGAGAGCAGCUGCCAGGAAGAGGUGUACGCUGUGUGUGUCCAGCCCCUCAUAGAGGCCUUCUUUCAGGGCUUCAACGCCACUGUCUUCGCCUAUGGGCAGACAGGCUCUGGGAAGACAUACACUAUCGGAGAAGCCAACCUUUCUUCCUUUAGGGAUGAGGAGCAGGGCAUCAUCCCCAGGGCUGUGGCUGAGGUCUUCAAGCUGCUGGAUGAGAAUGACCUCAGUGACUUCUCUGUCCGAGUGUCUUACUUGGAGGUGUACAAGGAGGACUUCAGGGACCUGCUGGAGGUGGAGACAGCCAGCAAGGACAUCCACAUCAGAGAGGAUGACAAGGGCAACAUUGUGCUGUGRGGGGUGAAGGAGUGUGAGGUGGAGGGGCUGGACGAGGUGCUGAGCCUGCUGGAGUCUGGCAACACGGCCAGACACACAGGCGCCACCCAGAUGAACCCCCACUCUAGCCGCUCACACACCAUCUUCAGCGUGCACAUGGACCAGCGCAGCGGCAGCUCCCGGGCCCAUGGUAACCCCACCACGGGCACCGGGCCUCACGUCCUCUCCUCUAAGUUUCACUUUGUGGACCUAGCGGGGUCGGAGAGGAUCCUCCGCACAGGGAACACAGGAGAGAGGCUGAAGGAGAGCAUCCAGAUCAACAGUGGCCUGCUAGCCCUGGGGAAUGUCAUAGGAGCCCUGGGAGACCCCAAGAGGAGAGGCACCCAUAUACCAUACAGGGACUCCAAAAUCACCAGGAUCUUGAAAGAUUCUCUCGGAGGAAACGCCAAGACGCUGAUGAUUGCAUGCAUCAGCCCCUCCUCUGCGGACUUUGACGAGAGCCUGAACACACUGAACUACGCCAAGCGAGCCCGCAACAUCCAGAACCGGGCCACGGUGAACUGCCGAGGAGAGCCGGACCGUGUGGAGGGGCUGGAGCAGCAGAUCCGGGCGCUUCGCAGGGCCCUUGAGAACCGCCAACGCUCAGAGACCCGUAUCAUCGCCCGCUCGGACCCAGACAGACGGUUGCGCCCCGGAGAGGGAGAGAUCAUCAGACUGCAAGCCCAGAGUGCCCACUACAGGACCUGCACUGACACUGCAUACAGGUUGCUGUGUGAGCUGCAGGGUGAGGGGGCGCUGACUGCGGAGCAAGGCCUGAGGGUGAAGGACUGGCUGUGUUCUGUGGAGGAAGAACGCAGCGGCCUGACCACUGCCUCAGGACCUGACAGCGGCAUCGAGAGCAGCUCCACCGAGGACACCGCCGCUCUGAGGAGGGGGAGGGCUGCCGUCAAGAACCAGGAGGCAGAGAGUGGUGGGGAGGAGUUGGGCCGUGAGAGGGAGGAGAGUGUGGCUCAGCUCCAGGGCCAGGUCCAGCAGCUGGAGAGAGAGAACACAGACUUCCUGGCUGCUCUGGAGGAUGCCAUGGAGCAGUACAAACAGCAGAGUGAUAAGCUGCAGGAGCAGCAGGACGUGAUAGUGGAGCUGCAGUGUCUGCUCUCGGGGCCAGGUGUACCGAGGCUGGGAUUACACCUGACACCACGCCCCCACACCGCCCCCCAGGGCUCCACGAGCCACUCCCACAACGGACUCACCAACAGACAGGUUAGUCCAGUGGACUGUGUGGAGAGCAGCUCAUUUGGUGACAAGAUCCAGUGUGGUUAUGGUCAAUCUUCUCAUGACCACGAGGACCUAGGAGAGGGAGAGGUGAAGGACUCUGAGGAGGAGGACACUUACGUCAACAUGAGCCACGACAGACGGAAACACGUGAAUCUGACUUGGACUAAGAGAGAUAUUGUGGGUGGAUCAGCAGCUGGAGGGAGAGGUCUCCUGUCUCAGCUGCCUGGGCUGCCUGCCUCUGAACAAUUCUCCACCAGGCGACCGUCCAACUCCAGUGUAGGGGAGAGCUCAGUGGGUCUGGGGUCAGAGUGGGGCCUGCUACAGGCCCAGCAGAAGAUCAGAGAGCUGUCUGUCACCAUCCGCAUGAAGGAGGAGCUCAUCAGAGAACUGGUCAAGACKGGUAAGGACGCCCAGGCUCUGAACAGGCAGUACACCCGUAAGAUCUCUGCCCUGGAGGGGGAAGCUGAGCAGGCCAGGCAGGAGGUCCGGGAGGCCCAGAGACAGCUUCAGGACCUGGAGAAACAGGAGAAGGAGACCAGCGGUGUCACUGACAGGACCAGGGCCCAGGAGUGUCGCAGGAAGAUAGCUGCAGCACAGAGCAAAGUACAGGUCCUGAGCCAGCGUCAGAGGGACACGGCGCAGCUGGCCUCACUGUCUGCACAGAGCGAGCGGCGUGUUUCGGAGCUGGAGCGCAGCGUGCAGGGCAUGAGGCAGCAGCAGGAGCAGCUGCAGAGACGUCUGCGACACGAGAGCCAACAGAAACGACGCCUGGAGACAGAGAUGCAGCGACGCACGCACAGAGUCAAGAGAGCAAAUGGACGAGGGCCUGGCGGGGAGGCGAGGCAGUACGAGGGCUGGAUCCAUAACCUUAGUAAAGAGCUCAACCACUACAAGGCUGCCAACCUGGAACUGAACAACAGGUCAGGGAGCUGUGUGGCAACGCCAGCCAACCUACGGAGCAGGAAAGGGUACUUUCCGGUCUUUGAGGGCAGAACAGCAGGCAGUGGCAGUGUGGAGAGGCUGAGCCGAGGCCCAGACGACAGCCGUAGGGGAGGGCCAGGGGAUCCAGAGAGACCAACCAGGUCCCGGGAGGAAAUAAGGGAGCUGGUCAACACCCCUCUCCCUGCCACAUGGAGGCGCUCCUCCCUCCCCACCGAGGACCCCUGCGGCAUGGAGGAGCUACAGCAGCGGGUGGCCGUGGAGACGCCUGUAAACCGGGUGGUUCAGACAGGCACGGGGCCUUGGAGUGGGACGACAUCUCUGCCAUUUGCCAAAUCACGCAGAGAGUCCCGCCGAUCCAGCCUCAACACCGGACCACUGAUCUCAAACAAUUCCAUAAUUGAUGUGAGGAAAAAUCCUGUUUAA